AUGCGCUUUGUGCGCAUGCGCUCCAGCCGCAGCGCGGGAGUCCCCCGAAACCCUUUCCAACUUACAGAAGAAUUCAUUGAGGACUUCAAUGACUCUCUACAAACAGAUGACCAAGAAAAAUUCAUCGAGCUAGCUAGAAAAAUGCUUGCCAGAUGCAAGAGAAGAUCAGGUCUUCGCACAUUAGGCUGUGGAAAGCACGUGGACCUUCCAGUAGCAUGGACUGAGACUGUCAUGUUAUCUCAGUGCAAAGGAGAAAUCCAGGAAGAAGCUUUGGACAUCCUCUUAAUUUCCCUGGACCAUGCACCUGUUUCUCCAGACCACAUCCCAGCUUUAUUUUUUGUUGUGGAAUCCAUUUUGUAUAGGAUCUGUUAUGAUGCAGUUCAGAAGCCGUAUCUACUUUCCUGUGAAAUCAAGUUGGCCAAGCUUGGUUGUUUGGUUUUUUUAAGACUUCUGCUCUUACAUCUUAUGGGUUACUUGGAGUUUUGUGGAGAACAGAAAUCUAGGCUUCAUAUUAGCUUAAAAGCAUUAGCGGCUUGUGAGAUCGCUUACCAGCUAUACCCAAACAUCAACUUCACGGUGAAUUUUAUGCUGACGGCUGGAGAAACUAUCUGUGAAACAGCAGUUCUUUCUGAUUCAACCUUAGCAUCUGAUGCAAAUUUGAAAGACGUUCAGAAGGAGACAUUCCAGGACACAUCACUCACCAGAACAGGCACACUGGUUGCAUUAAAUUCUGGAUCAAAGAAAUCCCAAAUUAAGCCAUUUCUUUGGCACAGUCUGCUUGUUUGGGUUUGUGUACAUAACAGCUGCUCUGAGACAGAUGAAGUACUCAAGCAUGUCCUAUUCUAUAAGGAACAGCUUCAUCAGAAAGACUGGUUGGAAUCAGUAUUGGGCUUGAUGGUCCUUGGAGAGGCUGCCAAAUUAAACAUGUCCAGCUUGAAAGUUUUAAUGGACCUAGUGAGAGAUUUUAUUUCAGGCUCUAUGCCUCUUCAGAAGCAGCCAAAGAGUAACACGAUCAAACUCCCAUGCUGGCAGUGGCAAGUGGGAUACAUAUAUACCAAUAUACUCAGAGAAAUCUGUUUACGUGGAAUUAGUGCAGAUCUGCAAAAAACUGCAUUCCUUGGAUUCUGUGAUUGUGCAGAGCAAUUUAAAGAUGGCAAGGAGUUAAAAGGUGCAAGUUUUCUUGAUCUUUUGCACUACUACCCAUCAGCUGAUGACAGUCAUGACCCAUUCUGGGUUAUUCGUUAUGGUGUGGUCUACAAUCUGGUUAUCCUGCGUAGUGAACUCUCUGGGGAUGCAAUUCGAGAAGGAUUACGAAAUGCUGUGUGGAAGUCUUUACAGAAACAAAAGGUCAAUGAAAAGGAGAGGCAUGUCCUGGAUGCUGUGAGAGUAGCAGAGGUUGAAACCAAAGGCCUGACAAAUCCAUUUCUUGAAAGCAGAGGGAAAGCUCCAACAGCUCCCAGAGAGCUUCCUUCUUCCCAGUACAUAGGGUGGCGAAUCACCGCUGCCUUGUCCCAUCAUUUCCUGCCGCCUAUUGGGCCAGACAUCCCUUUGCCACACCAGCCUGCAUGGAAGCCACCACCGUCAGUGCCGCACCAAGACUCCAAAAUACCUGUUAGGGAGAAGAAAUCUGCAAGCCAGUCUAUAAGGGAAAAGUUUUUGCAACCACAGGUAUCAAAACAUCCAGAUUUCUUUACCCGCAUUGAUAUGGAGCUAAGAAAAAUCAUUGAAGAUCAGUGGGAAAAGGAAUUGCAGAUCAGGCUUGAAUUAGAAGAACAGCUGCGGCAGCUAGAGCUUAAGGAAAAACAAAAAUUGGAAGAGGAACGCUUCAGGCGAAUAAUGAAAUGGCGGUGGACAAAGCUGUGCAAGACAACAAAACCAUAUGAGCUUUCGUUGUGGCAUGAAGAUGAAGAGGAAGGCCUGACAGAGGCAAGCGGCAGCACGGAAUUGCCAAGUGUGCAGGAGCCGUCACAUACCUGGGAGCCAAGCCUCUAA